AUGUACAAGGAUCGGAGUGGAGGAGGAAUAAUGGGUGGUGGUGGAUCGUCGAGAUCGGAGAUCCUCGGUGGAGCUAUUGAUCGGAAACGGAUCAACGAUGCUUUAGACAAACACCUCAAGAAAUCUUCGCCUUCCACAUCUAGGGCUUUCACUACUUCCAAAGACAAAGAUUCUUCCUUCCCUUCGACUUCCUCUGCUAAAUCUCAGCUCCAUUCUCGCUCACCUGAAGUUGAAUCUGACACGGAUAGCGAAGGAUCGGAUGUGAGUGGCUCGGAAGGUGACGACGACACGUCGUGGAUCUCGUGGUUCUGUAAUUUGAGAGGGAACGAGUUCUUCUGUGAAGUGGAUGAAGAUUAUAUACAAGACGAUUUCAAUCUCUGUGGAUUGAGUGGUCAAGUUCCUUACUAUGAGUAUGCGCUUGAUCUUAUACUAGACGUUGAGUCAUCAAACGGAGAUAUGUUUACUGAAGAACAGAAUGAGAUGGUGGAAUCAGCUGCUGAGAUGUUGUAUGGUCUCAUUCAUGUUCGUUACAUUCUCACAACCAAAGGAAUGGCUGCUAUGUUGGAGAAGUACAAGAACUAUGAUUUCGGGAGGUGCCCGAGAGUGUUUUGCUGCGGGCAGUCUUGUCUUCCGGUGGGGCAAUCUGAUGUCCCGAGGUCGAGCACGGUGAAGAUUUACUGCCCGAAAUGCGAGGAUAUUUACUACCCUCGAUCUAAAUACCAAGGCAACAUUGAUGGAGCUUACUUUGGGACUACAUUCCCUCAUUUGUUUCUCAUGGCCUAUGGGAACAUCAAGCCGCAGAAGGCGACUCAGAGCUACGUUCCUAAAAUCUUUGGGUUUAAGGUACACCACAAGCAGUGA